AUGAGCUGUAGAGGUUGUUGCAACAAGAUUACAGAACUAAGUGAAAAUGUUCAUGUGUGUGGAAUAUUUCCAUCUCAGGCUCUCUCAUCCACCAUGGGAAACCGCUCAUCAAAGAGUGACGGUGGAGAAGAACCAGUGAAAACAACUUUGUUUGAAAGGGAGCCGAGUGGGAUAACCUACAGGAUACCUGCUCUCCUCUACCUGAGGCACAGCCACACAUUCCUUGCCUUUGCUGAGAAAAGAUCCUCCCGCUCUGAUCAUGACGCCAAAGUUCUUGUUAUGAGAAGAGGAUUGCUGAAAGAGGAUGGCUCCAUCCAGUGGUCGUCCAGUCAGGAGCUUUUAACUGCGUGCCUGCCUGACCAUCGCACCAUGAACCCUUGCCCGGUGUAUGAGAAACACAGCAAAACGCUGUUUCUGUUCUUCAUCUGCGUGUGGAGGAACGUCACGGAGGGGAGACAGAUCAUUACAGGUAAGAACAAGACGCGUCUCUGCUGUGUCAGCAGCACCGACGACGGGCAGACCUGGAGUCAAGCAACGGACUUAACAGAGAGCGUGAUCGGGGAAGCUGCCCUGAAGUGGGCCACGUUCGGCGUGGGUCCUGGCCACGGCAUUCAGCUCGAGAACGGCCGACUGAUCAUCCCCGCGUACGCCUAUUACGUCCCCUACAGAUGCUGUUCAUACCCCAUUCCCUUUACAGUCUACCCACGCGCACUGUCAUUGUACAGUGAAGACUUUGGACAAACGUGGCAUAUAGGUAAGAUGCUCCAAAGGAAGUCAUGUGAAUGUGAAAUGGCUGAGAUUAUAGACCAUGAGGGCAGAAGCCAUCUUUAUUGCAAUGCUCGCCACUCUGGGGGGCACAGAUGCGAAGCCCUGAGUGAAAACAGCGGGGUCUACUUUGACAAGCCGCACAUGGCUCCGGAGCUGGUGGAACAACCUAAGGGUUGUCAGGGCAGCGUCAUUGGCUUCCCCGCGCCCGAAUUCGUCCCCAAUGAUGAUGCCGAGAGCAAAGCUUGCGGCACCUCCCUCUUGUCGCCAGACACCCAAACCUGGCUCCUCUUCAUGCACCCGACCAAUAAGUCCUGCCGACGCGACAUGGGCGUGUACCUGAACCGGUCCCCGCUGCACUCGUCGGGCUGGGACCGGCCCCGGAUCAUCCACACUGGACCCAGCGGCUACUCGGACCUGGCCUACAACGUGGACAAAGACCAGUUCUCCUGCCUGAUGGAGUGUGGGAGGGAAAGCGAACUGGAGCAGAUCGCCUUCACCUCCUUCUCCCUUAAUGAUGUCAUGCAGACAGGCAGUAAGAAAGACAAGAAGAUGCGCUGA